AUGAUGAUGAUAACUGAUAAUAAUAAUAAUAAUAGUAAUAAUAAUAAUAAUAAUAAUAAUAAUAAUAAUAAUAAUAAUAAUAAUAAUAAUAGUAAAUUACCAUUAUAUAUUCAAAAAUAUAUUAUAAAAAUAUUAUGUAAACAUAUUGAUAGAAAUAAUAAAUUAAUUGAUUCAAUAAGAUAUAUGGAUAUUGAUUAUAGAGAUAAUGAAAAAUUAAUUAAAGAAUUAAUGUUAUCAUUAGCAUUGGUAAAUCAUGAUUGGUUUAAAACAUUAUCAAAUAAUUUAACAGUUUCAGUUGAUUUUAAUUAUAAUUUAAAUUUAUUUAAAAAUUAUUUUGAUAAUCAAACAAAUAUUAAUAAUUAUUUAAAUGGUUUUAAUUUUAAUAAUUUUAUGAAUUCAAAUUUUAAUAAUAAUAAUAAUAAUAAUAAUAAUAAUAAUAAUAAUAAUAAUAAUAAUAAUAAUAAUAAUAAUAAUAAUAAUAAUAAUAAUAAUAAUAAUAAUAAUAAUAAUAGUAAUAAUUAUAAUAAUAAUUUAAAUAGUUUAAAUAAUAUAAAUAAUUUAAAUAAUCAAAAUUUUCAAAAUUAUCAAAUAAAUUCAAAUAAUUUAAAUAAUUUAAAUAAUUCAAAUAAUAAUUAUAAUAAUGAAUUUUUAUCAUUUUUUGAUUAUUCAAAUCCAAUUGAAGAUAUUUUAAAGAAUAAUUCAAAUAUUGAAUUUAUUGAAAAUAUUGGAAAAUUUACAAUUAUAAAAAAAGAGAAUGUAAAAACUUUAAAAUUACAUUUUGAUCAUCAAAAUGAAUUAUUUUAUUUUUUUAAAAAAGAUGCUGGUUAUGAAUUAAAAUUUGGAUUUAAUACAGUUAAUCAAGGUUUAAAAUUAUUAUUAAAUAAUAAUAAUAAUAGUAAUAGUAAUAAUAAUAAUAAUAAUAAUUAUAAUAAUAAUAAUAAUUAUAAUUAUAAUAAUAAUAAUAAUAAUAAUUAUAAUAAUAAUAAUUAUAAUAAUAAUAAUUAUCAACAACAACAACAACAACAACAAGAACAACAACUACUACAACAACAACAACAACAACAACAACAACAACAACAACAACAACAACAACAACAACAACAACCACAACAACAACCACAACAACAACCACAACAACAACCACAACAACAACACCAACAACAACAACAACAACAACAAUUAUCAAAUUUUAAAACAUUUAUAUUUAGAAAUAUUAAUUGUACUGGUGAAAUUUUAAAUCAUUUAAAUUUAUUUUAUCCUUGUAUUGGUACGAGAAAAAAUUUAAAAAUUUUUAAAAUUGCAUUUGGAUCUUCAACUAGCAUUAAUUUAAUUGAAGAACUGGGCAAAAGAAUAAAAAAAACAUUUUCAAUCUCUACUGAUUUUUGUCCAUCUCAAGUUGUUUUAUUUAAAGCUUUAGAUAUUUGGUCAAAAAAAUUAGAUUCUAUAGUUAUAAAUGGUCAAAAUCAAAUUGAAGGUAUUUCAAUUUUAAAAUUAUUAUCAAAACCAAUUCAACAACAACAACAACAAAAUUAUCAAAAAUUAAAUAAUAAUAAAAAUAAUAAUAAUUCAAAUUCAAAUAAUAAUUUAAAUUUAAAAAAUAAAUUUAAUUAUUAUUUAUCAAAUAUUUCAUAUUUUGAAAUUUUAAAUUCAAUAUUUUCAUUAAAAGAUUUAAAUUGUUUAUUAAAAACUUUAAAAAAUAUUCAUCAUUUUUCAAUUAGAUUUUGUUAUGACAAUUUAAUUUAUUUAUUAUCAAAUGAACAAGAAAGAAUUCAAUUUAAUAUUUCAAUUUGUUCUUGUUCAAGUUUAAUAGAUUCUGAAAAUUUCCAUAAUAAUAAUAAUAAUAAUAAUUUAGAAUUAAUUAUUGAAAAUUUUAAAUUAAAUUGGAAAAUUUUUAAACAAUUAUUUAAUGAAAAUAAAACAAUGAAAAAAGUUGUAUUUAAUCAUUGGUGUAGAUUUAGAGGUGGAAUUUUAAAAUUUCCAAAAGAUAAACAAACUCCAAAUACCUAUAACAAGGAAAUCGGUUCAUUAUUUAGUGCGAAUGGUUCAAUUAAAAAUUUUUUAAUGUGGAGUUCAACAACUACUCAAGUGAUUGAAGAAAUACUCUCAAGUGGUAAUAAAACUAUAACUUGUUUUGAAACAAGUGCAAUCGACAAUACUUGUAAUUUCGAUAAAUAUUUAUUGGAUUUAAAUCGUUUAAUUAAUCAAUAUCAACAUAUUGAAAGAUUUGAUUUCAUUAAAAAUACUUAUAUUUAUGCUAAAAAUUCUUAUGAAAAUGAAAAAUUAAAAUCUUUUAAAAAAUAA